CUCAUGCCUUGGAGCUGACUUCUCGGCGCCUUCCUGGACUCCGGCUCAGCAGCAGCAAAGCCCUGCCACCGAUCCCUCCUUCGUCCUCAGACCGAGCUGCUGUCGCCGUCUCUGUCCGAGGCCCAGCCGGGAGGAGAAGGGAGGCACUGAUUGCUACGGGGAGAGGGAGGGGUGGUGGCAUUCGAGGUUUUUUCCAUUGCCCAGGUCUGUCCCUGUUCUUGGAGUGCCAUGCUUCGCUGGGUGCGGGGCUUCGUGCUGCCCGUGGCGGCCUGCCAGGAAACCGAUUCCCACAAGCGCUUUGAAAACCUUUUCCAGAAGUUGGACCGCAACGGGGAUGGAAAGGUGGACAUCAUCGAGCUGCAGGAGGGCCUGAAAAACCUGGGCAUUCCUCUAGGCCAAGACGCGGAAAAGAAAAUUUUCAACAUUGGAGAUACCAACCGUGAUGGGCAGCUGGACUUUGGAGAGUUUAUGAAGUACCUUAAAGAUCAUGAGAAAAAGAUGAGGUUGGCAUUUAAGAGUCUGGACAAAAAUAAUGACGGAAAAGUUGAAGCUUCAGAAGUUGUUCAGUCUCUGAAGAUCCUAGGAAUAGAUAUUUCUGAACGACAAGCGAAGAAGAUUCUUCAAAGCAUUGAUGCUGAUGGGACGAUGUCGGUUGACUGGAAUGAAUGGAGGGACUACUUUUUACUUAAUCCUGCUGAAAACAUUGAGGAAAUAGUUCACUUCUGGAAACAUUCUGGGAUUGAUAUAGGAGACAGCUUAUCUAUUCCAGAUGAGUUCACAGAAGAAGAAAAGAGGUCUGGCCAGUGGUGGAGACAGCUCUUGGCAGGAGGGAUCGCUGGGGCUGUCUCACGUACAAGUACAGCGCCUUUAGAUCGACUGAAGGUCAUGAUGCAGGUUCAUGGUUCAAAGUCAAACAAAAUGAACCUAGUUGGUGGAUUUAAGCAGAUGGUGAAAGAAGGAGGCAUCCGGUCCCUUUGGAGAGGAAAUGGUGUGAAUGUUAUUAAAAUUGCUCCUGAGACAGCUGUUAAAUUCUGGGCAUAUGAACAGUAUAAGAAGUGGUUGACCAGUGAUGGUGCCAAAUUAGGGACCGUUGAGAGAUUUAUUUCUGGUUCUGCGGCAGGAAUAACAGCACAGACGUUCAUCUACCCCAUGGAGGUUCUAAAGACCAGGUUGGCUGUAGCCAAAACUGGGCAAUAUUCCGGAAUGUACGACUGUGCCAAGAAGAUCUUGAAGUAUGAAGGCGUGAAAGCCUUUUACAAAGGCUACAUCCCAAACUUCCUUGGUGUCAUCCCCUAUGCAGGAAUAGAUCUGACUGUUUAUGAACUGUUGAAGAAUUAUUGGCUAGAGCAUUAUGUAGAAAACUCUGUAAACCCUGGGGUACUGGUGCUGCUGGGAUGUGGUACCUUGUCCAGUACGUGUGGCCAAUUGGCCAGCUACCCCCUGUCUCUAAUCAGGACUCGCAUGCAAGCUCAAGCCAUGGUGGAAGGAGCACCCCAGUUGAAUAUGAUUGGCCUCUUCAAGAGAAUAGUUUCCCGAGAAGGAAUCUUUGGACUUUACAGGGGCAUCACGCCUAACUUCAUGAAAGUGCUGCCUGCAGUGAGCAUCAGCUAUGUUGUAUAUGAGAAAAUGAAGGAAAGCUUGAAAGUAGCCCCAAACUGAAGGGUGAACUCCUGGCACGAGGCUGAUUAUCCGAAAGCAUGACAGUAUCUGUGUCUCUCGCCCCUUAAAGUCACCAAAGAUCUUUGAGAAGAGAUGCAUCAUGGCCUCAGUGGGAGAAACAUAUCAAAUAGCACGUCAGGCAUCUUACCUUAAUUUUAUAUGUGUGAAAAUUUAAAGAUGAAAUUAUACUUUUGUUAAGUUCUUUAUAUGUUAAAAACAUUUGAUAUUCAUGAAAUUCGCAGAGCUCUACUUGCCUUUCCUCUUGUCGGCCCCUUGGCUCCUGAGGCCACAUCUAAAACAAUCAUUCAAUUAGCUUGAAACACAAUUGAAAAGAAACUUAUUUCCAAGAGUACUUUUCAGACAUUCACUUUUUAGUCAGCUAGAUCAAUUUAUGUUAUCUUUUGUAUUUAAAUGCCUUAAAAUUUUUUUUACCUGCUAGGUUUUACAUGUUUUUGUAUAUUUUGAACAUCUUUUGCAGCUGUUAGAAAGAAAAAAAACAACCAAGAGUGCAUUUAAGCUAGUUUACAAUAACUAAGCAAGUAGAGUUCUUUUUCUUUAAGCAAAAUAAAAACACAAGGGGAGAGUU